GUUGAAAAAAAAAAAAAUUUAUUAUUGUCAUUAUUUCAUGAGCAAUAAAAACAUUUGACAGGAAAAAUAAUAAAAAAAAUAAUUCUAUAUUAUUGUUGUCAACAAUACAAAGCAACAAUGUCGGCUACAAUAACUCCAUUAAUAAAAACUGUUUUCACUGAUUUAUUUGCACCAUUGAUUAGUUAUCAAAGUCAUCCAAGAUGUGCUACACGUGAACUUGAAGUUGUUGAUUGUAUGGAAGCAUAUGGAAUUUAUCAAGGACAAACAAAAUGUCGUAUUUUGAUGGAUGAUUUUAGAGAAUGUGUUACAGCAACAAAACAAAAUCAUCGUAUUAAUAUUAUGAUUGAUGAAAGAGAUCGUCAAGUUGCUGAUGGUGAACGUGAUCCAAAAGAUCAUUAUGUUAAACCACCACGUCCAGACAGUUAUUAAAAUUUAAUUAACAUUAAAAUUUACAUAUUGAUUAAAUGAUUUACUAAUAAUAUUAUAGUCAAUUGGUUAAUAAUACACAAUAUUAUCUCUUAAA